CUCUCUUACACUUAUUUUAUUGUUGGUUAGAAAAUUACAGAAAAAAACUGGUAACUGUUCCUGAAGAUGGCUGCUGACCCUUUAUCUGUGGCUGCUCUAAUCUGCUUGAUUAGUGUAGCUAAUGCACAAGGAGGUGAAAAAGUAUACUCAGACAACAUCACUCUCAUUUUGGAUAGACUUUUGGAUGGUUAUGACAACAGACUGCGACCCGGUUCAGGAGGUGGUAUUACAGAGGUGAAAACAGACAUCUUUGUUACCAGUUUUGGGCCUGUUUCAGAUGUUGAGAUGGAAUUCACCAUGGACAUGUUCUUCCGUCAGAUGUGGGUCGAUGAGCGGCUGAAGUUUGAGGGCCCCAUUGAAAUCUUACGUCUUAACAACCGCAUGGUGGACAAGAUUUGGACACCAGACGCCUUUUUUAGAAAUUCAAAGAAGUCCAUUUCCCAUAAUAUGACCACACCCAACAAGCUCUUCCGUAUAAUGCAGAAUGGGACUGUCCUCUACACCAUGAGACUAACAAUCAGUGCAGAGUGUCCAAUGAACCUCAUGGAUUUCCCCAUGGAUGGCCACGCCUGUCCUCUCAGGUUUGGGAGCUAUGCGUACACCAACAGUGAAAUUAUUUUCACCUGGAGGAAAGGAUUAGCAGGCUCUGUCGAGUGUCCCAAAGAGUCAAUAAGUCUUCUGCAGUACGAUCUGGUUGGACAGAUCUUGUCCAGUGAGAUAAUGAGGUUAAACACAGGUCAGUAUUCUGUGCAGGUGGUCCAUUUCCUUCUCCAGAGAAAGCUCGGCUACUACCUCAUACAGACCUACAUCCCCCUAAUCAUGGUAGUCGUGCUGUCGCAGGUUUCCUUUUGGAUCAACAAAGAGUCUGUUCCAGCACGUACAGUCGCUGGCAUCACCACGGUGCUGACCAUGACCACCUUGAGCAUCAGUGCUCGGCAGUCUUUGCCUAAAGUGGCUUAUGCUACAGCCAUGGACUGGUUCAUCGCUGUGUGUUUCGCCUUCGUGGCCUCUGCCCUCGUUGAGUUUGCAGCAGUGAACUACUUUGCCACCUUGCAGGCAAACCGCCUGAAGAAGCAGAGAGCCAGACAAGACAGGCUGGAGGUGCUGGCCACUGGCAGUGACGAUGACGACACAAUAUCUACGGACAGCAGCCACCAAGAAGGCCUGAAGAGGAGAAACCACUCAGUGAGCUGCAGCGAGGUUGGAUAUACCCCCCCAGUGCCCAUUUUCCUCCAGCAGGGCUCGGCUUUUCCUCAAAUCCCUCAGCUUGCUGGAACAAGUCCGAUUGACCUCUACGCCCGCAUCCUCUUUCCCCUGACCUUUGCCCUUUUCAACUUAGGGUAUUGGUACAUAUAUCUGACCAAAGAAACCAUUGAGUCGGCUACGGCCAUGGAUCUGAAAAACUGAGAAGACUUUAAGGGAGGGGGAAGCACACAUGCAGCUUGAGAGACCUUCUGGAUCCAUCCAUCCCUCCAUCCAUCCAUCCAUCCAUCCAUCCAUCCAUCCAUCCACCCAUCCAUCCAGUCUCACUUCAUCCUCCCCUCACUUGUCCUCUCAUCUGACAGAGGAAAUGAAUCAGAAACUCAUUUAUCCUUGUGCUGCACAUCUCUUCACUACACCACCUGUGAGCCCUGACCACUUGCCAGUUUGAUCUGCACCUGAUGAGAUGCCCUUUAACAAAGGCUCCCAGUCACUUUCAACCCCACCAUGCAUGGCAACCCCUCAAUCCAAGACAGAUGCUCCUCGCGCAAGCAGGACGCACGAUGCGCACAGAACGAGGAACGCAUCAAAAAGGCUGGCAUGAUAUAAUCUGCGGUGGCUGUAACUGGUGGUGAUGCAACAGUGAACCAAUGCCUUCAGAGGCCUGCCCUCUACAGAAGCACAGCUCCAUCUCUGCAAGAAGAUCAAAGGCAGUUUAGAAGAGGCUCACAUCCCCCCCCUCACUGCUUCAAAAAAAAAAAAAAAAAACUCAAAUCUGGAAAAAUGAAUUGUGGGACCAUGUUUUCCAACCCACCUUUCCUCCCUGGAGCUUCGCUGCUCCCCUCACACUUUGUGAUGUGCUGCAUUGUCUCACUAAAUGUUACGGAAACGAGUUGAAAACAUUGGUGGAUUUUGGUAUGGAGGGCAUGGCACACUGCCCAGGGUGGCAUUUCGUGGAGGGCAGCAUGAGUGUAAAGGAUGUAAUAAGAUUUUUCUAUACAUCAUACCACUGUAGUUGGUUCAUACUGAUGCUGAUCAAACCAGAACUGGCUGUUCUACAGUGAACACAGUCUUUUAUGUCCCAGACUGCACAGACCUUCAUAUUUUUUCAAAACCCUUUUCUGUUUGUUUCUAAUAUUCAGGUGCAAAUAUUUGUUGGUCGUAAAAGUAGAAAUAUUUUAAAAGAACAUCAAAAAGUGGAAAUUUUCUAAAACCCUUUUUGUGUUGUAUAUGUCUGUUCUGGAUUUCCAGGGAUUAUUAAAAUCAGUGGCCUGAUUUUAAAAUACCAAAUUUGUUGUACUUUAUUAUUAAAUUUCAAAUAUAUGCUGAGAAGGUUGAAGACUGAGAUCAGAGUGUGUACAAGAAAACACGAGCUGGAACUCUUUUGGGAGAAUCGUUAGCCUAGUGCUGCUUUAGCCAUGCAAAUUAUUUUCUUUUGAUUUUUUUAUGCGUAAUUUGUCUCAGAACUUAGAGGUGGGAGUGAUGUCUGACCCAUUUG